AUGGUUCAAAAGCACCGCCGCAACCGCACCACCUUCACCACGUACCAGCUGCACGAGCUGGAGCGCGCCUUCGAGAAGAGCCACUACCCGGACGUGUACUCACGAGAGGAGCUCGCCAUGAAGGUCAACCUGCCAGAGGUCAGGGUGCAGGUGUGGUUCCAGAACCGUCGCGCAAAGUGGCGCCGGCAGGAAAAGAUGGAAGCGGCGAGGUUGGGGCUGGCGGAGUACGGGGCGCCGGUGCCGCGCCUCGGCCUCGGCCUGCCCGUCGACCCGUGGCUCGCACCGCCGCUGCUCUCCGCACUGCCCGGCUUCCUCAGCCACCCGCCGUCGGGCUACCCGAGCUACCUGACGCCCCCCGCGCCGCCCGCGCCCGCCCCCCUGGCGCCCGCCGCGCCCGACCCGCGCUCCACCAGCAUCGCCGCGCUGCGCAUGAAGGCCAAAGAACACGUCGAGUCCAUAAGUAAAGGCAUGCAGAUGGUAUAGACCAAGAUUAUAUGUAUGAAAAAUUAACAACAGGUCAUAUAAAAGUUCAUUCACCUUCCCACCAUUUUAUAAGAUGAAAAAGGUUAAAAAGUGGAUUUGAUUUGGAGGGCGAGGACGCAUGGAAGGAUAUUACAUUUUUUCAUACAUCCUCUCCUUUAAAGGUAGACAAAAGGUUUGCAACUUUCUUGCGAGUUUGUGUGGGCAGCGGUCAAUUCGCGGAGCGGAAUUUAGAUGGCCGCUUGCUUGUUUGCCAUAAUUCGUUAAUGACAAACAUUCCAGUAUAUGAGACAUUCCAGAAGCUAAAAUCAUGUAUAGAUAAAUAUUUAACUAAAUGUAAUCUGUGUAAAUAUUGUAAACAAAUUGAUGUGCAACUUUAGUAGAUUGUGAG